CAUUGUGUAUAAAUAACACUAUAGCCCAAAGAUGAUGGUUCAAGGACUUAUAGCUAUCGAGGAAAAAUGAGGUCUAAGAUGAUGGGUUGUAGAGAGGAACAUCAGAGUACUCAUGGUUCAGUGCUGGGUGGGAAGCCUAACCAUUGUGUUAUUUAUCCACCAAAGUCUAGCAUUGUUGCUGAGGAAUUGGAAAGAAGAAACAAUGACUGGUUUGUUAGGACCAAAGUUGCAAGUGAUUUAAUGGUGCAGGUUGGAGAUUUUAGCUUUCACUUACACAAGCUUGCUAUGGUUUCGAAAAGUGGGUAUUUGAAUAGACUUGUAUUUGCAAAAAGAAGUGAGGGACAUGGACACAAUGGAGGCAGCCUCAAGAUUGUGUUGGAUGACCUUCCUGGUGGAACCAACACCUUUGAAUCAAUUGUCAACUUCUGCUAUGGAUUUAAGGUGGAUGUAACAGCUACCUCCAUUGCUCCACUCUAUUGUGCUGCAAAUUUCUUGGAAAUGAGUGAUGAUCUUCACCAAGGUAAUCUCAUUUCCAAAACAGAGGCGUUUUUGAGCUUUGCAAUUUUCUCAUCUUGGAAAGACACUUUUAAGGUACUCAAAAGCUGUGAAUCUGUGUCACCUUGGUCCAAAGAUUUGCUUAUUGUGAAACAAUGCUCCGAUGCCAUUGCUUGGAAGGCCUCAACUGACCCCAAAGCUUUUACUUUAGGACAAAAUAGUAAUGGGAACUUGAAUGUUGGAGAAUCAAGUGAUACUUGGUGGUUUCAAGAUGUUUCGACCCUUCGAAUUGAUCAUUUUAUCCAAGUGAUCGAAUCGAUUAAACGAAAAGGGGUGAAACCGGAGCUUGUUGGAUCAUGUAUAGCUCAUUGGACGGCGAAAUGGUUUUCGGGUACCACAUUUGUAUUUGAUGACCCAACAAUACCCAAGCAUUUGACUCAAAAGCUACAAAGAAUUACCAUUGAAAGUUUAAUUAAUAUGCUUCCAGCGGAGAAAAACUCAGUUUCUUGCAACUUUCUACUUUACCUUGUCAAGUUGGGGCUGAAAAUACAAGUAAAUUCUGAGUUGUUGAGCAAACUAGAAACAAGAAUAGCUUCCAUGUUGGAGCAAUGUCGUGCUCAAGAUCUCUUGGUUAAGAACUAUGGAGAUAAGGAUACUACAUAUGAUGCUGGAAUUGUGAUUAGGGUGGUCAAGGCUUAUGUUUUAUUGGCCUUGAAAAACUCUAGGGCAAGACUAUGCAUUGUUGGAAGGUUGAUUGAUGGUUACCUUACUCUAAUUGCAAGGGAUAUUAACCUCACGCUCAUUGAUUUCAAAUUACUUGUGGACGCAUUACCGACAAAUGCUCGAUCGUGCGAUAACAACCUUUAUAGAGCCAUAGACAUGUACCUCAAGGCACAUCCAAGUCUAAUGGAGGAAGAAAGAGCUAGUGUGUGCAAAGCAAUGGAGUAUCAUAGAUUAUCAGAAGAUGCACGCCAACAUGCAAUGAGGAACGGCCGAUUGCCGUUGAAAAUCGUAACGGAAUUCAUGCUUCUUGAGCAAGUAAAAAUGACUAGAUCGAUAUCAGCUUCUAAGUCAAAUAUUAAUCCAAGAACGACGACUCAAGUAAUAAUGAAGAUGAAUAAUAAGAAAUGUUUAGAGAAGGGAUUCAUAGCACCUCAAAAAGAGAUUAUGUUGAUAAGAAAAGAGGUGGAGAAUAUGAAGAUGCAACUCAAUCAGUUGCAAAUGUGUAAACUAAAGCUUCAAAAACAAGUUCAAAGAUCAUGCAUCAAGUAGAACAUAAAGCUUGGUUUUCAUCAACAAA